AUGUCGUCAUGUUUAUUUAUUUUAGAUGAAUCCUUAGAGCCUUUAAUCUCUAAAAAUGUUAAAUCAGUAAGAAAUUUGACAGGCAUACUAGAGUUCUUUAAACUAAAUUAUAAAGAGAAUGGUCCUCCAGUGUUCACGGUCUUGGAAUGGCAUUACGUUUUUAUUAAGAGGGAUUCUCUUUGGUUUAUGACUGCUAUUCACGAAACUGAUGAUAGAAUUACAAAUUUAAUGGCAUUAACUUUUUAUCUGGAUCAAUUAUAUCUAUUAUUGAAAACUUAUUUUAAUAGAAGCUCCCUUGAUAGAAACAUUGUACUGGACAACGUAUUGUUGAUCAUAGAAUUGAUUGAUGAGAGUAUGGAUUUUGGAAUUGUUCAAUUAACAGAUCCAAGUAUCAUUAAGGAUUAUAUUAGGGUCAAGGUCAAUUCGCCAAUUACACAUUUGACUUCUGAUGAUGAUAGUGAUACAGAAGAAAAACAUAAAGGUCUAUCAACUUAUAUACCCGGUAAGACAGAUAUUGUCAAACUAUGGAAGGGCCAACCUGCAGUCACAGCUAAUGAAGGAAAGUCAAAUGAACAAGAUAAUUAUGAUGACGAUGACGAUGAAAACUUCAUCAAUAGCUAUAUAGCUAAGACUACAAUAAUGCCUGUCUCAUGGAGAACAAAAGGUAUUUACUAUGCUAAAAAUGAAUUUUUCUUAGAUGUAAUUGAAAAAGUACAGUACUUGAUGGAUUUUAGUACUGGUAGAAUAAGGAAAAAUUUGAUACAUGGUGAAAUCAAGUGUAAAUGUUAUCUAUCAGGUAUGCCAACAUUGAAAGUAGCAUUGAAUAAAUUGAUCAAAAACGAUGAACAAUUCAUUUCAAACUCAAAAUUUCAUCAAUGUGUCUCUAUAAAUUCUUUGAAAAGAGAAAUUAAUAAUGAAGAAGAAGAAAACACUUAUCAUGGCAAGGAAAUAGAAUUUAUACCGCCGGAUGGUGAAUUUGUACUGUGUAAAUACGAAUUGAAGAGGCAUGUUAGGGAUGUGCCGGUAAUAAAACUAUCAAAUAUAGAAAUUAAACCUAAAUUGAAAAAAUAUAAGAUUCAAAUCCAUGUUACCAUCGAAACACACUUUAAAAAACAAAAUUCAACUUCAGUGUUGACUAUUAAGAUUCCAUUACGUAUGGUUUUUUCCCAAUAUAAAAUAGACUUAACUAAACAACCAAGGUUUAAAAGUGAUUUUGGUGAGGUGUUAUUUAAUAUCUCAGAUGACUUCCUAAUUUGGGAAGUGGGAUCAAUGAAAGGUGGUAAUGGUGAAAGUAAAAAUAAUAUGGUUGCUGAAUUCUUCAUCUUUAAUCAAGAAGAAUACGAUAGAUUGCAAGAAGAAAUGAAAACAUCAAUGAAUCCACCUCCCUUAAGAGAAGGUCCUAAACUUGAGGAAAUUUAUGAACAGACGCAUGAUAAUAGGGAUGAACAUGAUAAAAAUGGCAUUUCACAACAGCUGUUAACAAUGAAAUUUGAGGUUCCAUAUUCGACUUGUAGUGGGCUAAAAGUUGAAUAUUUGAAAAUCGAAGAAAAUCAAGUUAAUUAUCAAUCAUUCCCUUGGGUGCGUUACAAAACAAUAAAUGAUGAUGAAUAUGCUUAUUUAAUUUGA